UUCACCACCACAAUUAGUUGUCGUCAAGUAAAUAUAUUAAAGUAAAAUUAAACAAACUUAAACUCGGUCUACGUUAAUAUUGUGCUAUACAGCAUUCUAUCCUUUCCUUUCCUUCCUUUAUUCGAGCAUAUAUAACACAAAAAUCACGUAAAUGCUUACGCGACAAGAUCUGGUUAAUUUGUUGCUCGAUUUCAUAGACGUAUGGAUUCACCAGAUCUUGUACGAGCGCGACCUAUAUCCUGCAGCUAUUUUCUCUCUUAAAAGAAAAUACGACGUUCCUGUCCAUAUAGCAGCCCAUGAAGGCGUAGCGAGUUAUGUUUCCGAAUUUGUAGAAUCUUUAAAGCCGCUUGUACGACAGGGCAAUUGCAAACGUAUCGCGCUCAAGAUCAUAGCCCCUAGCAACAACCGUCUCUUAGAGCGCUUCGUGUUUGAGAUCGAUUCGGCAUUGCGGGCGCUAGACGUACCGAUAGACACUGUAUUAGAUAGCGAAGCAACAUGUUCAUUGGCGGAUGUACAGCAGCAAUUACGCGCGUGUUUAUUGCGUAUGACUGCAACACGGUCGACUCUAAGUAGCAACCCACCUGAUUGUACGUUUACAUUGACCGUCGAGACAUACAGUGGACCUCCACAAGAUCAAGGAAGAGGGUCAAGAGAGGACUAUCACGUCGACUGGAUUCCGUCUUCGUCAGCUCAAGAGGGUAUUGAAGUUGCUGGGGAGCAGCAACACCGAUGGAAUUCGUUGAUCCCCAUUAAAACGAUACCCAUGGACCUAUUUAAAGUGAAUGUGUUUGUCAUGGAAGCAGUCAAGAAGGGCAAACAUAUAUCUAGAUGAAGGAAGAAAACGAAUCAACAAUCUUUUUAUACCAACAGUUAUUUACAAUGAUGAGUUGAGGAGAGGGGUGGGUAAUAAGUGGUAUGUCCAACCGAAAAAGAAGAUAAAAGGGCGUAUCGCGAGUAA